AUGGACUAUGGGAGGAAAAACAAGAACCCCAUUGAUCGGGUGCGGUUCUACAGGAAGAGAAACCCUGAUGAAGGAUUCAGGCUCCCCCAGGACCAGAGAUCCAUGUCACAGCCACAAUGCUUCUCUGAGAAGCUGAUCAGGAUUUACUGUAAGAAGACUGAUGAGCCCAGUGUGAACGCUGCCCAAGAGCACGUGGUCAGAAAGUCAGAAGCGUACAGCAUUAAGCCUUUGUUAGACUGCCUGCAAGACAUUAAAGUGUUCAAUGAUCCCAUCCACGGCACGGUGGAGUUACACCCUCUUCUCGUCAAAAUGAUAGACACGCCUCAAUUCCAGAGGCUGCGAUACAUCAAGCAGCUCGGAGGGGUCUACUUUGUUUACCCAGGAGCAUCCCACAACCGCUUUGAACACAGCAUUGGGGUGGCGUACUUGGCAGGAGAGCUUGCAAAAGCUCUGAAAACAAGGCAGCCAGAACUCGACAUCAAUGACAGAGACGUCCUUUGUGUGCAGAUUGCUGGUCUUUGCCAUGACCUGGGACAUGGGCCUUUUUCCCAUCUUUUUGAAAAGUUCAUCCGCCAAGCACGUCCAGAAAAAAAAUGGAAGCAUGAGGAAGCCUCUGUUAAACUGUUUAAACACAUGGUGAAGAGUCAUGAACUGAAGAAGGAAAUGAGGCGUUACGGCCUGCAACUGUCCGAUGACAUGGAUUUCAUUAAAGAGUUGAUUACAGGAGAGGCACGUGUCUUUACACAUGAAGCCCGUCCAGAUAAGCCCUUCCUCUAUGAAAUCGUGGCCAACAAAAGAAAUGGCAUUGAUGUGGACAAGUUUGACUACCUUGCCAGGGACGCCUACCACCUGGGCAUCAAGAGCAGCUUUGACCAUCUCCGCUUCAUAAAGUUUGCCAGGGUGUGCGAGGUGGACGGACAAAUGCAAAUCUGCAUGAGAGACAAGGAGGUGAACAAUAUGUACGACUUGUUCCACCUAAGAUACAGCCUCCACAGCAGAGCCUGCCAGCACAAAGUGAGCAACAUCAUUGAGAUUAUGAUCACAGAGGCCUUUUUAAAAGCAGACAAGCACAUCCAGAUUGAAGGCUCAGGAGGAAAGAUGUUCACUCUCUCCACAGCCAUAGACGACAUGAAGGCCUACACCAAGCUGACAGAUCAUGUUUAUGAAAAAAUACUCUACUCUACCAAAGAGGAGCUGAAAAAGGCGGAGCUGGCUGAGGCGAAGCAGAUCCUCAGCAGGAUCGUCGAUCGGAAACACUACAGGUUCCUGGUUGAAACAAGGCCUACUCCUUCCAUCGAGGCCAUGAAGCGUGGUUGGGAACAGGAAUUGGCCCGAGACGGUCAGGAUGACGGACUGACAGCAGAGGACUUUAAAGUGGAU